AUGCACGCCUACUUCCUCGCCCAGCUCCUCCUGGCGGCCACCGCCCUCGCCAACGCCAUCGCCAACCCGAACCAGGCUCCCGGCCUCGCCGUCGUCGUCCGCCAGGCCGCGCCCGUCGCCGCGAACCCGCCCUCGACCAUCAUGUCGUGCGCCGAGUACUCGCGCAUCGCCAACCUCUCCACCGUCGGCGCCAACAGCACGUACCGCGCCACCUUCUUCGCGGCCUCGCCCAACGGCAACCAGUACAACGCCGAGGUCCUCGACACCGCCAUCGCGAAGCUGCCCACCGUCAUCAUGGACCAGGCCCUCAAUACCGCCUGCGGCAACCUGACCGCCCUCGCCCUUGUCGAGGCCGAGCGCAACUUCACCCAGCGCACCGUCCUGCAGCUGUCCAACAUCCCCGUCCCGGACCCGCUCACGACCGGCCCCGUCAUCGCGAUCGUGUGUGCCAGUAUCGUGCUCGCUGCCGGAAGCUGGGUUGCGAUGCCGUAA